CAACUCAUCAGCUCGACCAACACAUUACAUCUACAACAUCAUACUAUCUUAAAUACAAUCAGUCUUUCAAUACCACACACCUAAAUCGCAAUCAUGGUCAAGGUCGGAGAUUCCAUCCCAACUGUCGAGCUCGCCGAGGGCAACCCAGGCCAAAAGGUCAACAUUGCUGCCGAGAUUGGCGAAGGUUCUGGUAUCAUCAUCGGUGUUCCAGCAGCUUUCAGUCCAACAUGCUCUGAUUCUCACGUUCCUGGUUACAUCAUGCACCCAAAGCUUGAGUCCGCAGGAAAGGUCUUUGUUGUAUCCGUCAACGAUGCUUUCGUUAUGAACGCAUGGGGCAAAUCUCUUGACGCAGACAAGAAGAGUGGUAUCCGUUUCCUCGGUGACCAAGACGGAAGCUUCACUCGUGCGUGGGAUCUUGAAUUCCCAGCUGCUCCAUUAUUGGGCACAAACCGAAGCAAGAGAUACGCAAUUGUUAUUGAGGGUGGUAAAGUCAAGAGUGUCAACAUUGAGCCAGAUAACAUUGGACACACUGUCUCCGGUGCCGAUAAGAUUCUUGGAGAGUAAGGAAAGGAUUAAUGAAUGGAUUGGUUUUUGAAUAACAGCUUAUAUGUCAUAUAGACACACGGUCAAAUAUCGUGAGGGGAAACUUUGAGAUUUGGGUUAUGAUAGUUACAAUUGAA